UCUGUCCGGGAACAGGAAGUUGCGGGUGAAGGAAGAAGCUGCUGAAAAUGGCUCCAGACAUAAAGCGCUCCUCAGCGUUUCUCAGAUUUUCUUCAGGAGGAGUCUGCAGAAUGUGUCACAGAGUAUUCCUGCUCUUAUGGUUACUCCAUUUCUCCUCAGUGUACUCAGAUAUAACAGACGGCAACGCUGAGCACUUAAAGCGGGAGCACUCACUCAUUAAACCCUAUCAAGGAGUUGGAACAAGCCCUUCAAGUCAGUGGGAUUUUAAGGGGAGUACUUUAGUGACGAGCCAGUACAUACGCCUGACUCCUGAUGAACGCAGCAAGCAAGGUUCCAUCUGGAAUACAGUGCCGUGUUACUUAAAAGACUGGGAGAUGCAUGUGCAGUUUAAAGUCCAUGGAUCAGGAAAGAAGAAUCUGCAUGGGGAUGGCAUUGCGAUUUGGUACACAAAACAACAAUUGCAUCCUGGGCCAGUCUUUGGAAACCAAGACCAUUUUAUAGGCCUGGCUAUUUUUGUGGAUACUUUCCGCAAUGACCUUCACGGCAUGGAUCGAUCCUUUCCCUACAUUUCGGCAAUGGUAAGUAAUGGCUCUUUGGCGUAUGAUCAUGGAAAGGAUGGCCGCUCUACAGAACUGGGAGGAUGCUCUGCUGAAAUCAGAAACCGAGACCAUGACACAUAUCUUGCCAUUCGGUACUCCAAAGGCAGACUCACAAUUAUGGUUGAUGUUGAUGAUCGCAACGAGUGGAAAGAAUGUAUUGAUAUUGGAGGAGUUCGCCUCCCUACAGGCUACCAUUUUGGAGCCUCUGCUGCCACAGGAGAUCUCUCUGACAACCAUGACAUAAUCUCUAUGAAAAUGUACCAACUGAUGGUAGAACACACUCCUGAGGAGGACAGCCAGGACUGGACUAAGAUUGAGCCCAGUGUCAGCCUGCUCAAGUCUCCAAAAGACAACAUUGAUGAUCCAACUGGUAAUUUCCGAAGCUCUCCCCUUACUGGCUGGAAGGUCUUCCUACUCCUGCUGUGUGCCCUCUUGGGGAUCGUCGUUUGUGCUGUUGUAGGAGCUGUGGUCUUUCAGAAACGACAAGAGAGAAACAAGAGAUUUUACUAGACAAUUUUCAAAAGGACAAACAAUUGAAAAACUUGUAUGGCAGAAAAAUGAGAAUUUUCUUUUAGCAGAGAUAAAGAUGUGUGUUCUUGAUAUGAACAGUCUAAACUGAGGGGAAGAGGUUUUGUAUGUUGAGAAAAUGGGAGGUGAUGGGUGACUGCAAUGAAUCUUAGGUGGAUUGAUUUAUUUUAUUUUUUCUUUUCUCUCUUUGUGUUUUCAGUUUACAGCUAUUUGGCAGUUCACACCAGUUUGUAUAGUACAGCACAUGAGAUCACAUUUAAACAGUAUGUAUCGAUUUCUGUUGAAGUAGGCCCAAAUGUAUGACAAGUGAUCUGUCCAGGUAUCUCUGUUUAUCCAUGCAUACUCUGAGCUGUGUGAAAUAGCAUGACAUGAUUUUGGUUUUAUUUUAAGUGUUGUUUGAUUUAAAGCAAAAAAAGCAUUUUGCCUAAUUUAGUCUGCACUUAUUUUUCUUCCUGGAUACGUUUGAUCAUCUCUUUAAUGUCUGUUAGUUUGAAGGGCUUUAUAAAAAAAAAGGAAAAGGUGUUAACCGAGCCUGAAAAUGUAGAAACAGAUUGUAGUCGGGAGCUGCUGCUUUUUUUUUUCUCAAACUCAUUUGCUUGACACAUGCAGCAUGUUUUUUUUGUUGGUCAGGAUAAUCAGUUGAUCAAAUGUUCAGUUGUUAAAUGCAGGUUGUUUUGUUAUUGUGGGUAUUAUGGGUAAUUUUUCCCCAAAGAUUCUCCUGUACUUCUUUUUCCUGUUCAAUGCAGAGGUCAAGUAUUAUUUAUAAAGUUACGCUCUGUAUGUUUUUGAACAUUUACUAGUUUACAUCAAACUACGGAAAGACCCAGUCACAGAUUGGACAAUGAAAUACAGUAAUGCUAGGUUUGCAUUAUGUUGGACCAAAUUACUUUUAAUCCACUUCACAGUUGAAAAUUAGGUGUCAGCUUGGGGUGGCCUUUACCUAUAAAGUUUGUGAAAAGAUUAUUUUGUGAAUGUGUGAAACAGUACAGUUACUACUAUCCUUUGCAUCAAGGACUGAAUAAAUGCUCUGAUAAACAUUGAGGUAUGUUUCCUAUCAAGUCUCCUGUGCAACAGAAUGGACGAAGUUUGUACAGGUCAACUGCAGUGAAUGGGUUGUAAAUAAAGCUGUUCCUCCAGUGA